UUUUGUUUCUCUUGCUCUCACACGAUCCUAGGCAACGUAUAAGAUCCCUACAGCUCCUCUUGCUCCGCCUCGAUACUAAUCUAGCCAUCGCCCCACAAGUUACGUCUUUACCCACAUCACACCGUCCAAAGCACCAUGGGCAUGAGCUACCGUCGUUAUCUCGCCGGAGAGCGCAUCUACGGCUGCUCAACCUGCAAGACUCACCUUGCUACUAUUCACUCGAUGAUGUCUCGAGCCUUUAAUGGGCAGCAUGGUAGAGCCUACCUUUUCGAUGGAGUCGUCAAUGUCAUCGAGGGCGAGCCCAAUGACCGUGCAAUGACUACCGGAAAUCACACUGUUCGGGACAUAUACUGCUGUAAAUGCGGCACCACUCUGGGCUGGAAAUAUGAUAAGGCUUAUGAAGCAUCACAGAAAUACAAGGAAGGCAAAUACAUCCUCGAGCGCAAUCUCCUCGUGGACGUGCAAUAAAGCGUUCACAUCUAUUCUGAUUCGCUCGUCUCUAGGUGAUGGUUGUAUACCUGCGACCUCAUCUCGAAGCCAAGCAGUAACCGGUUGACCCAACUACCCAGCAGGCCGUUUGAUCGUAUUUCUCUAGGUUUCACCUCACCGUCUUUGGCAACAUUCGCCAGUUUCAAGAAGAACAGGAAAUAGCAGGGGGUUCUCAUUAGGGAUGAAGGGCACGCACCAUUCACCUCCCUACUCACCCGCACACCGCCAGAUUUCAUUUCGACUUGUCGCUGACCCUUAUCAGUCUUUGUUUCGUGUCGCGGAUUCGCUGUCUUCGAUCUUGAAACCCUUUACCACCGUUUCAUGACGCCUAUUUCCGCAUCAUUCAUUACCGACAACUCAACAUAGAUUCCUCGGUUUUGAUAGUCCGCCACCAUACUCCCCGCCACAUUUCCAUUGUCAUUUAUUUCUCGCGACUUUUGGUUGUUGAAUUCAUCACUAAACGAUAUUCAUCCUUCGUCACUUACUUUGCUAUACCUGGUUUCCGGAACUCGUACUCGGUGUAGGCUCUACGAAAAGUGCCGAGAACUGUACUUAUCCCCACGAUUUUUUCUUCCAUCCAUGUACUUGCCUCCGAGUAAUCUAUGGAUGGGUGUAUCCG